AUGGAAAAAAAUGUUGCUCUUAGAUUCAGAGGUCGUGGUUGUGGUGGUAUCGCCUUCAUAUCCACUGAAAAACAGCGCCAACUUAUUACCCAACAAAACUGUUUUUAUAGAAAUAAGAUGUACAACGGUUUGACGAAAACAAUCGAAUUUACUUCAGGUUCUGCUGCAGGCAAUGACUACAUGCUUGAAGAUAAAGUUUACUGGCAAUCAUACCAAGAUGCAGUUGAAAGUCCAACUACAUGUUAUGCAUUUAUUGGCAAUUCUGAUAAUUUUACGAAACAGAUUUACCAACAACUUGACUUCAAUGCCAACCCAACACUUGCUAACGAAAAAUUCUGUCCCACGAACGAUCUUACAGAAAGCGAUACUUCUGCCCUUACUACAACUGAUCCUGCAUUUGCCAGAGUAUCUAAUAAUCCAGGCGCUCAGGCAACAAGUUCUGUCACCGAUCCAACACCAUUUAUUUAUGUUGCUACUCCAAUCACACGCCUUCCUCAGAAAACAACAUCAUCAUGGAAGACAUAUUCAACAUCAAAUGUUGAUCUUUGGACAAAGAGAUCCACAUUCACUGUAGCUUCAACUUUCUUCAGAACACCAUUCUCAACAGCUCAUUCCACACCCCAUUCAACGGCAUUUCAGACAGCCUUUGACACACCUAUUAUAACAAGAACACCUCUUCCAUCAGCACAGACUCCAAGUCCAACAGAUAACCCACUUAUCACAGAUACUACAAAUUAUCUCACAUACUCAUAUGUUAAACCUGCAACAAAAUUCCUCACACUCGCUUCUACAACUACGAAUAUUACAAAUACAAUCACAACAGUUUUCACAUAUACUUCAACAGCUAUCAGAACUUACAAGGAUAACACUGUUAAAAUUGUUUACGACAAAUCUAUCACAACAAUCGCUACAAGUCUUGCUUCCCAAUCAGAUUAUACACUUUACUAUCCAUCAUUUACUCAAGAAAGUACAGUUACUUACACCUCAUCUCGUGUCAGCGAUUCAGACACAUUUAUUAGAUAUAUGUCGUUAACUACUAAUGCUGAAGGCAUUUCUUCUAUUACGUUUACCAAUAUUACUGACUCUACUAUUGCACUCGGUCCAGACUUCAGUACUAAUGAGGUUAUUUAUGUUUACAGUCUAAUACAAAGUACAAACACAAUUACGUUUACUAAAGAUGGUGAAACCGCUGUUAAACUCACAAUUACUAAUAGUAUUUACACUCUUAUUGGUAGUUCAAGCUUUACUGCAAAUCAAUACUAUACUAUAACAGGCAGCGCCGGCGCAUACUAUGAGACACUUACAUACACAGCCACAACUUAUACAAAUACCACAUUUACAGCUAUUGAUAUUCCUGUUGGAAUAAAUGUAGAACAGAAAUACACUAUCGCUAAUAUGAAAGAACAACCAACUAGUACAGAAAAAUCAACAUUGGUUCCUAUUACAAAAAUAACAACAUUCUCAGGAAUCAGUUACUUCUCAGGAUAUACAAAAGCUACAGAGGAUACAUACACAAUCAUUUAUUAUCCAGCAAUUACAAACUAUUACACAGUGAUUGCAUUAGCAAGUGAUAAAACUACUUAUACAUACACAGCUGUUACGACAUUUACUCAAACAUUCUCAUUUGUUACUGCUAACAGCUCAUUUGUUUCAUACAUUUCAAUUUACACAACUUGGAAUUCUACAACAAUUGCAUAUGAAAACAGAAAGAACAAUACAAUCACGGGUACAAAUGUUUACAAACUUACUGAUGUUGCUUCUGAAUAUUUCUCAAUCACUCAGAACAUCAAUUAUACAGUUAUCAAUUCAACUCUCACCACAUCAACAUCUAGUCUCCCAACUGCUGUUGAAUUUGAUAGUGCUGUGGUCACAUGGACGUCUACUUUCUAUCUUCCACUAGGAGGAAACAACCAAAACGUCUUUUACACAUUUACACAAGUUGUGUUAGGAAAAACAGUUGUUUCAACAAGCCUUCACACUGCAAGCCUUUCAUUUGCAGGUAUUGCAACCUCAUAUAAUACAAAUACUCUUGUUCCAUCAUCCACGACAAUUAAAUCUCUCACAUACACAAUUUCUGAAUAUAGUUCCUCAUCAACACCAGCUCCAUUGGUAUCCAUUUCUACAAAUCCUUUCGACAACAUUCUUUACAUGCAAACAUUUGUUCCAUCCCUUACAUUCGCCAACACUACUACAGUUACACAGAAAAUCACAUUUCAAUACUCAACAUUAUUUGCAUCAGAAUUUUUGAGUAAUGUAUGGAUGACAUCAAAGAUCUUUAAGUCAACAUUCUCAGAUAACGGCCAAUAUGUAUUUACCGAGAGAAAUACAAUCACUAAAUCAAUCAUAAAACUCACAGGAAAUGUUAAUAUUUCAACAGUAAUUAAUGCACCAUUCCAAGGAAAGACAGAGUUCAUUACUCCAAAUGGUAUAACAUCAACAAUUGUAAAGAAUUACGCUGUAUCAACAUCAAUGAUCCAUGCAGGCGCCAUUACAAUUAAAUCUGGACCUUCAACUUCAUUAACAACAUACUUCACAGUAUUAUCAAGUACAGUAACUACUUACACACUUUCAACUUACAAACCAUCAAAUACAUACACUAUUGUUAAAUUCCCAAUUUCUGUAUAUGAUAACAGAAUUAAAGUUACUGAUACAUUAACAGCUACACAAACUUCGACACUCGUUGCAAGCACAUUCACAACAACAGCUUAUAUUGUUGAACCUACGACACUAUUCUAUGUUUCGACAUAUGACAUUCCUGAUACUUCAUAUGCUACUUAUACUCAGACUGAUUCUACAGUUUACAUUAUAUUCUCAACUAACUAUGUAUCAGUAUCAACUACAAUCAUCCCUCCACCUGCAACAAAGAAUGAACUCCUCGGUACGACAAAAAUAAAGUCGGUGAUUUUUGAUCGUAUAUAUACCAAUGUCCACUUACCAAGUCCAACAGCACUUAUUCUUUCUGAAAGCAAAAUUUACCAAUACUCAACACAAACAACAAUUUACACUAGCACAUACACUACAAACCCUCUCAAUUCAACUGCAUAUAUAUACACUUUCACUGAAGUUACAACAUACACUGGCACAUUCACUAAGUUUGAUCCUGCUCAUGGAACUACAAUUGUUACAAGUUAUUCAUUUUCAGAUGAAAAAAAGGAUACAUAUACAGAAUAUUCAGUUGAUGUAGAUGAAUCGACUGAGAUCAAUGUAAUUUCAUAUUCAGUCACAAAUCAAAUCUCCACAGUUACAUCAGGAUCAUUACAAACAACAACAUAUUUUUGGUCAUCAACACAAGUUAAAGAAAAUAGCUCUUUCCCGAUAAUUACUUACUACCCAUCAAACACUAUAUAUGUCACACAAAAUAAUAAAACUUAUUCUGGCACAUGGACAGUUACACUUGUUCCCUCAACAACAAAUACAACGGCAACAACAGAUAUUUUCACAAUUGUUCCAUCUGCAGCAUUCACAGAUCUCCCAUACAAUUUCACAUUGACAACUCAAAAUUCAUUCAUCUCUGUGAUCACUGAUCCUUCUUCUAUUACAACAUCAUCAGUUGCUACACCAAAGCAAUCUCUGAUUCCUGGUGACACAUGGAUUACAUCAGUAUCUUAUGUAAUCGCAAAAACUUCCAUUAUUGUCACUCAAUUUAUUUCAAGCUUUGCUAUUGUAUUACCUGGAGAAAGUACAAUAGUGUAUAAAACAACUUACAUCAAAAAUUUAACAACUAUUUAUUCAAUAUUUGAGGAUAAUCCUCAAAGUUCAAUAGAGUUAACAAAUGUAACAGAGCUUGAAGAGUCAAUCUAUAUCAACGAUGGUAAAGACUUAGCAGUAAUUUCUGGUGUCACCACAACAUUUAAUCAAACCGAAACAGUUACUUUAGCAGUUUCAUAUACUGAAAUUUCCUUUAAAUCAGCUGACACUUCAUAUACGAUCACUUCAACAUUAGUUCCAUCACCUUAUCCCGGUGAGACAAACAUUAAUUCAAUAUCAUUUAGUUGGACAUCAGUAACAUCAACUAGUACAUUUAUUCCUACUUAUACAUCAGUUACAUCAAGUAUCUACACAGUUAUCACUUUACCAAAUAAAACUUCAAUAACAACAUAUACAAACACUUUAGUUAAAUCAAUUACAAACAUUUCAACACAAUUAACAAAUGGAAACACUAUGUUACCACUCAAUAUUAUAUUAAAGGCAAACACAUUGACUGAAGCAAAGGUUAAUGGCGAAACAUUUACUAUUAAUCUCAUUCCUAUUCCACCAACACCAGUUGAAACUCCAAGUCCAACACCAAGAAAACCAAUUCCGUUGAGAACACCAGAUCCAACAAUGACUCCAAAACGACCAAAUACUGAUCCAGGAACAGAUUCAAGACUUACUUUAACUAAAUCAUUGACAGACACAGAAACAAUAACAUACACACAAUCAUAUACAAAAGCUGGAACAUUUACAAAAAUUAUCGAUAAUGGUAAAGAAUAUAAUGUUAGUUACUCAACUAAUUCACUAACUUCAGUAACAACAUAUUCAUCAACGAAGACAGAUAUUGAUGUAUUAACAUACAAAUCUGAUGUUUCAGGUAAAGAAUCAAGAACAAUCACCGAAACACAAACACUUUCAAAUACAACAAUUGCUAAAGAAACACUUUCAAUAACAAAUACAACAACAAUCCAUCAAUUAACUACUAAGAAUACAACAACAUUUACUAUCUCUUUGACUUACAUUGUUACACAAACAUAUGUUUCAACAAAUGUAGAAACAAUAUUAUUUAUUGCAGAUGAAGAAUAUGGAAAGUCAAAACUUAAUUCAGGAACAAUUAUUCUUAUUAGUUGUUUAGUUAUUGCAGCCAUUUUUAUUUUGAGUAUUAUUGGUUUUACAUUGUAUCGAAAGUCUCAUCAAGCAAGUUCUUCCGAGUUAAAUGAUGACUCAGAUUCACUUCAAGAAACGAAUUUGUUUGGAGCAGAAGGAAAAACUGAGUUAGCAAUUCUUGACUUAAACGAAAGUGAUGAUCAAAUGAUUACAACAACUGGUCCUGAUGACCCAGAAAUGAUUAGAUCAGAUGAAGAUGAUAUUUUCAUGAAUGCAGAAUUUUAA